CAAACCUCAGUUGCUCCCAAACCCUUUAGAAGUACAGUAUUACACACUGAUCGCGAGAGAAGGAGAAACCACAAGCAGAAUCCCAUAUAACCUUGAGCGGAACGGCGGGUGUGCUCCCCCCUCCAUCCCACCCAGCCAUCUGUGACGCUGUGGCCUCCGCUGGGCCUGUUCCUUCCUCACAGGACCCACUGUGAUAUCCUCCGCCGCUGCAGGAACACCGUCGGCUGAGCGGGAAAAAAAACGGAUUUCUUUAAGCAUUUUAAGUGGUGUCUGACGUUAUCUCGGGAAGUGCAGAGAGGAAAAGACGAGUUAGCUGGACCUCUUUCCCGCCCAGUGGAUUCUCAUUUACUGUGAAGAUGAAGACGCGGGCGUGUCUUGCUUACCUCAUGGUGGGCGUGUGUGGGCUGGCCGCCGCCCUACCCUUCCCCGGCGAGGGCAGCCAGAUGGGGCCAGGAGAGGGACCCCGAGAAAAUAACCCCGUGUUUAAUGUGUGGGAAUUCGCCUACAUCCACGACGGCUCCGUGAACUCGAGGUCGGCGGCGCAGGCGGACGAGGCGCACAACAACAACAACAACAACAACCACGGGAACGACAACAACAGCCCUUGCUUGUGGGCCAUCGUGUCGUGUUGCGGCGCUCGCUCGGGCAACGGGCGGGACGAGUGCUUCGAGACCCUAGGCUGCCCAGGAGCGUGGUUUGAUAACCUCUGUUCCCAGGACUUCCAAAGCGCAGCCCACUCCGAGGUGUCCAACAUCCUCCAGUUCGGUUAGACGGGCUCGGACGAGAGAAGACGGGAGAGCCAGCGAAGGGUGAAGGAGGUCGUGCAAGAAAGGCGGGAGAAAGGACGAUGGCCAGAUGAAAGGGAGUAAGAAAAAGGGAAGUGAUUAAAACCGAAAAUGCUGCAAGUACAAACCAGAGGGGAGAGAAUGCAAUCUCAGCGGAAUUUCGAGAUAGGGGACCGUAAUCUAUGGUAAAAGGAUGAUGUCUGAUGAAACGAUCUUGGGUUCGAAAAUGCGAUGAUUUUGAAGUGAAUAACAACGAAAUAGAUCAAAGGAAAACAUGAAAAGGUAUAAAGAAUGGAACGAAGAUUAUUAAAUUCAAAAUUGACAUAUUUUUUUAUAUCUUGUAAAUUCAGUUUUUUUUUUUUUUUUUUUUUCUUGCACUUUUGAAUUCAUGUUUGUAGAAAAUGGAAUACGUUAUACGUUAUAGAAUAGUACAUAGCCCAGCAGACUAUUUAUACCGUAGCUUUAUAUUCUUAGUAGUACUAAUAUUUAUUCCAAGUAUUUACAGUUCAUGUAUAAUUCGUGUGAAUCACAUUUAAGUUAGUUUAUUUGAUUGGAAAGAAGAUAUAUCUGGAAAAAAUAAAUUGUCCUGAAUUAACUACCUUGUAAGGCUAUUGUGUGCGCAGUUAAUUUUAUGUUAGUCCUCAUAACAAAAGGGUUAUGUAAUGCAGAUUCUUAUGGGAAGCCUUUGUAUAAUAAAAAUGUGAAAUAUUU